UCGCCUACUUCUGCAUUCACGAUUCACGUGACUUGUGCGACAUUUUAGAGGACAUUUUCCUCCAUCCAUUAUAUAUCUCCUGAUAGUUAGGACUGGAACAAUCCAGUCCUAAAAAAGAGAAGAGAGGGAGAGAAUGGAUGAAGAUGAUUACCUAGGACCUGGCGGUGGUUCUGGUCUAGCCUCUAUAUUUGGAGCUAGCGUUGCAAUGGAUGGUAGUCACGGCAAUGAAUCCCUCACCUAUAAAGCUCCGAAGCAACCCAAGAAGCAAAAAGGUAGUGGGAGUGGUCAAGAGUCACAGCAAGUUUUAGCAGCCAUUUCAGUUGACUGUCAAAAACACGUUGAUGGUCGUUAUCAGCCUCAGGGCAAGUUAGGAUGUACACUUAUAGGUUUUCACUCAAGUAGAGACUACAAGAUGUUAUUAUAUUUGUCUAAUAAUAAACAUGUCACUUCUGUUAAAGUUGACACCUCUUUCAACAUGACUAUUCAAGCUAGUAAUUGUGCGAGUUUCUAUGACGAUGCUAGACAGGCGUGGUCACUUCAUUUCACUAGUACUGAAGAUGCUGUUAAACUAGCUAAAGAGAUUGCAGUUUGUAAGGCUAAUAGUGUUGGUCCAGCUUUUUCUCAACUUUUGAAACAAGACUUAGUUCUAGGAGAAGGACAGCCUGUUGAUAAAGGUGAUUCUGUUGAAGUGGUAUAUACAGGUAGUCUACUGGAGAAUAACGGGAUUGGAAAAGUUUUUGAUUCUAAUGAUAAAGGUUUUCGCUUUAAAGUCGGAGCCGGGAAAGUCAUAAGAGGCUGGGACGAGGGUACAGUCGGCCUGUGUAAAGGAGGUAGGCGUGUCCUGAUCAUACCAUCGUCCCUGGCCUAUGGAUCUCAAGGGGUCAGUGGGCGUAUCCCUCCUAACGCUAACCUCGUCUUUGAUGUGGAAGUGAAGAAA